GUUUUUAUACGUUGGGUUCAAAUCAACGAACGUGUUUCACGGUAUUUCUUCUCUUCGCAACCAGCUGCGAUACUGACGUAUUUCUGGGGUUAUCCUCUCCCAUUUUUGUCAUCGAUCCUAUUCUCUUUUUUUUUUUUUUUUUGUGUGGAUAUGGAGUUCUCCAAGAAAAUAACUUGAAACAGAAGACACCAUAUAUAUUCAUUCUGGUUUUGGUUAAGGGGAGAGAUCUGUGCAGAGAAAAAUGGCAGGGGGAGGAGAGGGAACAACUUUGGAGUAUACCCCAACGUGGGUUGUGGCUGUUGUCUGCAGUGUCAUCGUCCUCAUCUCUCUCGUUGUCGAAAGAACCCUCCACGGCGUUGGCAAGUAUCUCAAGAAAAAUAACCAGAAGCCUCUCUUUGAAGCAUUACAGAAGAUCAAAGAAGAGUUGAUGCUGUUGGGUUUUAUAUCACUGCUGCUGACGGUGUUCCAAGAUCGGAUUGCCAAGAUUUGUAUUUCGGAGGUUUUGGCAAAUAAGUGGUUACCCUGUAAGAAAGAAGAAGAUACUGAUGAUGAUGAUUCUUCUUCUUCUUCUUCUUCCACUGCCCAUUUUCAAACCUUCUUCAAAUAUCCCAGCUUUGUUCUUCCUGCGGGGACUCCCCGCCGUCUCCUUGCCCAGGCCUCUGCUUCCACUGAGAGCUGUGCAAAGGGAAACGUCCCAAUGUUAUCUCUUGAAGCGCUUCAUCACCUUCACAUAUUUAUCUUUGUGUUAGCUGUUGUUCAUGUGACUUUCUGUGCUUUAACCAUCCUUUUCGGAGGAGCAAAGAUACGUCAAUGGAAACAGUGGGAGGAUUCUAUCUUACGAAAGGAAUAUGAUCCAGAAAGAGUUCUGAAAACAAAAUUUACGCAUGUCCAAGAUCAUGAUUUUAUCCGGGGACACUAUCGGGGUUUUGGCAAGGAUUCAGCUUUGCUAGGAUGGGUGAACUCUUUUUUCAAGCAAUUUUAUGGGUCUGUGACCAAAACAGAAUAUGUGACAAUGCGACUAGGCUUCAUUAUGACUCAUUGCAGGGGAAACCUACAGUUCAAUUUCUACGAGUACAUGAUACGUGCCCUUGAAGCUGAUUUCAAAAAAGUUGUUGGAAUAAGUUGGUAUCUUUGGUUGUUUGUUGUCAUCUUCUUAUUGCUGAACGUUUCUGGUUGGCAUACAUAUUUUUGGAUUGCAUUCAUUCCCUUCAUUCUUCUUCUGGCUGUUGGCUCCAAGUUGGAGCAUGUGAUUUGCCAGUUGGCCCAGGAGGUUGCAGAGAAACAUGUGGCAGUUGAAGGGGAGUUGGUAGUUAAACCUUCAGAUGACCACUUCUGGUUCCAUAGGCCCAAGCUUGUUCUCUUAUUGAUUCAUAUCAUCAUGUUUCAGAAUGCUUUUGAACUGGCAUUUUUCUUUUGGACAUGGGUUCAAUAUGAUUUGGACUCCUGCAUAAUGGGAAAAAUGGGUUUUGUCAUCCCGAGACUGGUGAUAGGGGCAUUCAUUCAGUUCGUCUGCAGCUACAGCACCCUACCACACUACGCAAUUGUCACACAGAUGGGAAGUUCAUUGAAAAAGGAAAUAUUUCCAGAGCACGUACAAGAAGGACUAGUUGACUGGGCUAAACAUGCCAAAAAGACCACAGGUUUGAGAAAGGCUGUCAAUGGCACUAGGCUUUACGGCUCUACCACUACUCAUGGAUCUAGCCACGUGGUUGGCAGAGAGACUACUGGUUUGGAAGUUGAGUUGACAGAGGCAAGCGAAUCAGAAACUGCAAUGGAAGAAGGCAAGGCAGGAGAGAUUGAACAUGCGAAUGUCUCCCAUGAACACAAAUGAAUUGAAGCCCUAUAGUCGUUCGAACCUCUUACUGAAGUUAGAUACUGUUUUCAAAAUUUACUGAAUACAUGUAUAAAGCUCAUUGGCUGGCAAUCACUAAGAAGAGCAAUUGAAAGAAAUAUCUUCCAAGAAUAUACAAACGUGUAAUAUUUCUGGCAAAU